AUGCAAUACCGUUUGCUACUUCUACUCGCACUAUGGCUUUUAGGCCAUCAUGGUAUCCUUACAAGCGGGUGCUUCGAGAUCGAAAAGGAGGCACUCCUAACCUUCAAAGCUGGUAUUAUCGAUACGAGCAAUCGCUUGUCUUCAUGGGCCGGUCGAGAUUGUUGUAGCACUUGGAAGGGAGUAGUUUGCGACAACAACACCGGCCACGUUUUGAAGCUCAACCUUCGAAACAAAUAUUUCGGGCAUUCCAAUUGGUCAGAUUAUAAUUCCCUGCGCGGUGAGAUCAAUCCAUCUUUACUUGUUUUAAGUCAUUUGAGUCGCCUCGAUCUUAGUGGGAAUGAUUUUGGUGGAAUCUCUAUCCCGAAAUUUAUCGGUUCGUUAAAAAGCUUGAUGCAUCUUGAUCUCUCCGGUUCUAAUUUCGGGGGUGAGAUACCUGAGCAACUUGGCAACCUAUCUAAUCUUCGUUAUAUCGACCUUUCUCGUUCGCUCUUCACUUGUGAAACGCCUCUUCAGAUUAGUAAUCUCUCUCGACUGCAUACUCUGCGUUUGAGUGACGCUUUUGCUUCCUACAACCCUUGUGUUGGUGACCUUUCAUGGCUCUCUCACUUGUCUUCUAUUAGGGUUCUUCAUUUAAGCCUGCUAAACCUAUCCAAUGCUACAGAUUGGUUAGAAGCAGUAAACACGUUGCACUUUCUACAAGAAUUAGUUUUAUCAGCAUGCCAUCUUACUAACAUUCCAACAUCUCUUUCUUAUCUCAAUUUCACAUCCCUGAAAUUUCUUGCUAUUAGUGAAAAUGGUCCCUUCAAUACCAUUCUGCCAACUUGGCUAUGGAAUCUUACCAAGCUUUCCUAUCUUGAUCUCAGAUAUUCUGGAUUUCAUGGGAAGAUCCCAGACUCACUUGGAAACUUAACUUCUUUGAACACCCUAUUGCUAGGAUCUAAUGAUUUUGACGGUGGCAUACCUAGAUCAAUUCAAAAUUUGUGCAAUUUAGUAAAUAUAGACUUGAGUUCUGUUGGCAUCGGUGGAGAUAUUGCAGAGUUGAUGGGGCAGUUGCAUUGCUCAUGGAAGAAUAUGGAGCAACUAAUGUUACAAAAUAACAAGCUUCAUGGAAGUUUAUUUGGAUGGCUAGAGGAGAUGAAGAAUCUAAGCAUUCUUGAUCUUAGAAAUAAUUCACUAGGAGGGCCUAUUCCUAGUGGAAUUGGGAGACACUCAAAUUUUCAAUGGUUAGACCUCUCUUAUAAUUCCUUGCAAGGUGUCGUAUCUGAAGCUCAUUUUGCCAACCUAUCAAAGUUGGACACGUUGAUCUUAGGCCCAAAUUCAUUGAUUAUUGACAUGGAUCAAAAUUGGAUCCCUCCAUUUCAACUUUCAAAUCUUAUUUUAGAUUCUUGUCAAUUUUUGCAUCCUCAAUUUCCAGCGUGGCUUCGAUCGCAAAUGCUACUUGUUGAUCUAAGCCUGCCCAACACUAGCAUUGCAGAUACCAUUCCUGAAUGGUUUUGGAAUUUGCCAUAUCGUUUCGUAGAUCUCUCCUAUAAUCAGAUUAGAGGCAAGUUGCCCGUGUCCUUGCAAUCUACAAUCCUAGAACGUUUUGUUUGGAGGUCUAACAAACUUGAAGGCCCAAUUCCGUCUUUCCCAAACACGCUUCAAAUAUUAGAUCUGUCAGAAAAUUCUAUAUCAGGACCCCUCCUCUCACCAAUCUCGAAUAUGUCGCAGUUAAGUUUUUUGUUACUAUCAAGCAAUCAGAUUAACGGUAGUAUCCCAUCUUAUAUAUGUGAACUAAUAUAUCUAGAAGUUCUGGAUCUUUCAAACAACUCUUUAUCAGGAGAACUCCCUCAAUGCUGGAAGAAUUCAUUCCUUUUAAUCUUGGAUUUGUCAAACAACAAUCUUGCCGGCAAAAUUCCUUCUUCAAUUGGUUCACUGAGCUCGCUCACAUUAUUGCACCUCAACAAUAACAACUUCUAUGGAGAACUUCCUUUGGAAUUGCAACAUUGCGAUAAUUUACUGUUCCUUGACCUUAGAAACAAUAAACUCACAGGGGAAAUCCCGAGAUGGAUAGGUGAAAACUUGCAGGAUCUAGUAAUAUUGCAGUUGAGGUCAAAUUUGUUUGUGGGUGAAAUUCCUUCAGAACUUGCACGACUCGGUUACCUCCAAUUCUUGGAUCUUGCGCAUAACAAUUUGACAGGAUCAAUACCACGCUCUUUUGGUAACUUUAGCGCUAUGACCUAUGAUGCAAUUCACAAUUAUGAUGGAAAUGGAUAUACCAUUGACGAGAGCAACUUUACAUCUUUUGACUACAGCAGUAACUUGCUUGUGGUAAUACAAGGAGAAGAGUAUCAAUAUUCUACCACCAUUUAUCUUCUCAAGAUUCUGGACCUCUCGGAAAACAAUCUAAGUGGACAAAUUCCAGAAGAGAUAGUUGCACUUGUGUUAUUGCGUAGUUUGAAUUUAUCAGGAAAUCAUCUAACUGGAAUGAUUCCGGAAAGGUUAGGUGGCAUGCGCUCCCUGGAAUCGCUUGACCUCUCCCUAAAUGAGCUUCAAGGUGCUAUUCCACAAAGCUUGUCGGCUUUGACAUUUUUGAACUACUUGAAUUUAUCUUAUAACAAUUUAUCUGGAAGAAUUCCAACGGGAAAUCAAUUGAGCACACUCGAUAACCCUUCAAUUUAUAUUGGCAACACUUAUCUUUGUGGACCUCCGACGGGAAAGAAUUGUUCUGAAAAUCAUACAAUACCUAAUAUUGCUGGAGAUGACUAUGAUGGUUCUGAGUCAACAUGGCUAUACAUCGGCAUGGGAUUAGGGUUUGUCGCUGGAUUUUGGGGCGUCUGCGGUAUCCUAAUAUUCAAGGAGUCCUGGAGUAGUGCCUAUUUUCAAAUGAUUGAUAGGCUAUACAACAAAAUAUAUGUGAUAAUAGCAAUAAAUAUGAGAAAGUUGAAUAGAAAAAUGCGCGGAUGA